AUGGUAUAUUCCUGCGUAAAUGAACCUGUCCACUGCGAUCGGGCCGAGCUCAGGUCGUUGCUCCUCGCCCAGGACUACGACCCGCUGAACAGCGGCCGCAUCGGCCGGCGCCAGUUCCGGCGCGCCCUGGACUCCAUGGGGCUGGGUUCGAUUCUGUCGGACGCGGAGGCGGCCUGCGUGCUGCGCCACUACACGGACCCCAAUGAUGAUGAGCGCGUCUGCUGGCGCACCUUCGAGGACGACUGCGACCAGGCUGGCCACAAAAUAAGCUUAGACGUCUACAAUCAUGGUGAUUAUCGACAUGUUCUCCGCGAGGCAGUGUUCACGAUCAAGGAGUUGGAGAAGCACCCGGACGUGCGGCCAGGGGCGAUGGCAGCCGCGCUGGCGGAGCUGCCACCGCCGGGCUCUGCCACCGAGGGGCAGCUGGGCGGCCAGGAGCUGGACCUGGCGGAGGCCGCCUUGCUGAGGAUAAGGGCCGCUUGCAACCAACGCGCGGUGGACCUCAGGCCUAUCUUCGGGGAUUACGACCCCGCUGUGCGCAGCGCGCUGAGCCGCGCCGGCGUGCUGCCCCCCCCUCGGCAGCUGCGCGCCCUCGAGCUGCGAUACCUCGACGACUGCGGAUUCAACUUCUUCUCGCUACUAGGAGACUUGGAGGAGCAUCCUGAGGAGAGUGCGGUGGUGGGAAGGGCGCCUCCGCCGUCGAGCGCCCCCCCACCCUCCGCGCACCCUGACCACACUGACAUCGUCCAGAUCCUCGCCAAGAUCAAGGGAAAGGUACAGUUCGUGGACAAUUGCAGGGCAGGAUUUCGCAUCCAGCUUGGAGCGUCAUGU